GUGUGUAGGACACAGUUUUCUGGAUAGCGUGCUUAAUUAUUUUUAAAGAGUCCUAUUUUGUUUUCCAUGUAAGAUUUUCUCUUUUUUCCCAGAAAUUUUAAAUCAACAAAACAUCAAACGCCAUCAGUCUUUGACAUAUUUUUUAUGUGGAGGAGAGAAUGACAUUUUGGACCGCUGUCUUUGUCUUGGCUGCAGUGUGGCCCAGUGCUUUGUCUGUGACACGGUACUCCAUAGCUGAAGAGAUGGAGAGGGGCUCUAUUGUGGCUAAUCUAGCCGCGGAUUUGGGACUCGACCUUGGAGGUUUGGCACAGCGAGAGGUAAAGCUUGAUAUUUUCACCAACAAAAAAUAUCUAGACUUUAACAAAAAGACAGGGGAACUUUACAUUGUGGAAAAGAUGGACAGAGAAUAUCUUUGUCCAGCGAAGCCCUCAUCCUGUUUUUUAAAGCUCGAUUUUAUCAUAGAAAGCCCUUUACGCAUCUUCAACAUUGAGCUUGGAAUAACAGAUAUAAACGAUAACGCUCCACAUUUUCGAAGAGACAGAGUAGAACUCGACGUUUCCGAGUCCGCAACACCGGGAGAAAGGUUCUCUCUGCCCAAUGCGGUGGAUCCAGAUGUUGGCAUAAAUACAAUCAAAACAUAUAAACUCAGUCCCAGCGAACAUUUCACCAUUGAAAUCCAGACAGGCAGUGAUGGCACUCAAUAUGUGGAUUUGGUUUUGACUAAAUCUUUAGACAGAGAAGAGAACGCUGUUCAUAAUUUAAUACUAACUGCUGUGGAUGGAGGUGUCCCCGUGCGAUCCGGCACUGCCAAUAUUAUAGUUAGAGUACAAGAUACAAAUGAUAAUCCUCCUCGGUUUGACAAGCAGACCUACACAGUUAACAUGACAGAAAACACACCGAUAGGGUCAUUGGUGACGAAGCUUAAUGCUACGGAUCUUGACGAGGGUUUGAAUUCAGAGAUAGUGUACUCGUUCACCCUUUACACGUCAGAAAAAACACAAGAUGUCUUCGCUCUUAAUCCUAACACUGGAGAGAUAACUGUGAAGGGCACUAUAGAUUAUGAAGAUAUGAAAUUUUAUGAGAUGCACGUUGAGGCAAAAGAUAAAGGGAAGCACCCCCUGCUUGGGCAGUGUAGAUUAGUCGUCCACGUAACAGAUAUGAAUGAUAAUUAUCCAGAAAUCACUAUACAGUCUGUUAAAAACACAUUUGCUGAAAAUAUAUCAGUAGGAAGUGUCAUUGCACUGGUUGGAAUAAGUGACAGAGAUACUGGAGAUAAUGGAAAAGUGAGCCUGUCUGUGCAUCAUCCCCUUCCUUUUAGUCUCAACAAAUCAUCAGAUAAACCCACACAUUACAAGCUCAUAGUGUCGGAGCCUUUGGAUCGCGAAAUCGUACCUGAUUACGAAAUCACGCUGGUUGUGACUGACGAGGGAACGCCUCCUUUAUCUGACAAUGAAACAAUAACUGUGCAUCUGCUGGAUGUUAAUGACAACGCACCACAGUUCCCUCAGUCAUUUUAUACAAUACGUGUGAUGGAGAACAACGUACCUGGGGCCUUGCUCAGCUCACUGACUGCGUUUGACCCUGACCUCCAUGAAAACCAGUACCUAGUUUACUUCAUCAUAGAGAAGGAGAUCGCCAACACCUCCAUGUCCAUGCUGUUCUCCAUUAAUCCGGAGAACGGUAAUCUUUACGCACUGAAAACCUUUGAUUAUGAAAUUGAGAAAGAGUUUCUUUUCCACAUCGAGGCCAGAGACUCUGGAUCUCCUCCACUCAGCAGUAACGUGACUGUACACAUCAUUAUUGUGGACCAGAACGACAAUGCUCCACUUAUUGUCUCUCCAUGGCGCGCACACGGCUCGGUGGUGGAGGAAAAGAUCCCAAGAUCCACAGAUAAAGGCUCCCUGGUUUCCAAGGUGAUAGCCUUAGACACAGACUCUGUGCACAACUCUCGGAUUACCUACCAGUUUCUCCAGGUGACUGAUGCUACCUUGUUCAGUCUGGACCAAUAUAACGGAGAGAUCCGGACUAUGAGGAUGUUCAGUUACAAAGAUUCCCGCCAUCACAGACUGGUUGUUGUUGCCAAGGACAACGGUGAACCUGCUCUCUCUGCUACAGUCACCAUCAAACUGUCCACAGUGGAGACCGCCAUGAAGGCCUACUCUGACAUGACUGAGGUGCCUCUGGAAUAUGACAUCUUUUCAGACCUCAACCUGUAUUUGGUCAUCGGUCUGGGCUCUGUGUCAUUUCUCUUAUUGAUCACCAUAUUGGUCACCAUUGUGAUCAAGUGUCAAAAUCCCAAGCCCAGUAAAACGGCUCCACCCUGCAGGAACAGUGUGAUUAGCGAGAGAAACUCCACCAUCGCAGACUCCACUCUGGUCUCCAACGAUGCCUACUGGUACAGUCUGUUCCUAGCAGAGACCAGGAAAGGAAAGUUGGUGGUUAGACAGCCUGUGCCAAAGGGCUCCAGAUACAUCGUGUCCAGUUUACCAAGAGGGACAGGACUGACUGAAACCAGUGACUCAGCAGCUUCUACUUUGCAGACCUUCGCCGCUUCUAAUGGCAAAUGUCUACGAAAUAAUUUUCUGCCCAAAGAUGUUUGA